GAUACGUGAAUACGUCUCUGUUUAUAUGGCUGGUGUGUACUGUCCAUGCCUUCGUGGUGUGACAGGUUAAAUGAUAUGCCGGAUAGAUACUUAUAUCAAAUAUAGCUGGUAACUGACAUUCGCCGCACAACCUUCAUCGUCUCAAGUUUAAGGAAUAUCACAUAUUGAGCGUCAGAAGCCGAUCAACGAUGUCGUACAAGGUGGAGACUGUGUUGAAGAAUGUGGCGACCACGGUUGGGGAGGGGCCUCACUGGGACGACGCCACCCAGACGUUAUUGUUCAUCGACAUCAACAACGGCAAGAUCUUCAGAUACAACCCCGCCACCGGCACCAACGACAUGAUCCAGCUCAAUGGAGCUGUAGGGUUUGUCGUGCCCCGCAGUAAAGGGGGUCUGGUGGUGGGACUGGAUCUCACCAUAUCAGCUGUUGACUGGAACACCAAGACCGUCACCAAGCUGGCGGAAGUGGACCCCGGAAGCAACAACAGGAUGAAUGAUGGGAAAUGUGAUCCUAAAGGACGCGUGUGGGGAGGUACAAUGAGCAAAACUUUUGCACCUGACCAGGGCAACCUGUACUGUCUGGACAUCGACGGCACGCUGACCAAGAAGGUUGAGCGCGUGACGAUCUCCAACGGCCUGGCGUGGUCUCCGGACAACACCACCAUGUACUACAUCGACACGACGCCACAUAAAGUGUACGCAUACGACUACGACAUCAACACUGGAAAUAUAUCCAAUCGGAGGGUGGCUGUAGACUUUGACGCCGUGCCGGAGUUUAAAGGCAACGUCCCCGGCCCUGAUGGCAUGACUAUUGACACGGACGGCAAUCUGUGGGUGGCUUGCUUCGGGGGUGGAAUGGUGGCCAAAUUUGAUCCCAAAACAGGGGCAGCGCUCCAACAGGUUUCCCUGCCUAACGCUACCAAGAUCACGUCCGUGGCGUGGGGAGGGAAGAACCUAGAUGAGUUGUACGUGACCAGCUUGAGAGAAGGAAUCCCAGACAGCGAAUUCCAGACAACAGAAUCGCUGGCAGGGUCGUUGUUCAGAGUUACUGGACUUAAUGCAAAAGGCAGCCCAGCUAAUAUCUACCAGGGAUGAGGGUAGCGAGCGACAGGGACAGAAAUCAAUGAGAGACAAGCAAACUCUCAAUAUUUCCGUUUCCAAUCUGUUUCGAUUGUCCAUUGAGUAGAUGUGUUACCAACAUAUAUUCUUUGCUCAGACAAUAAGAACUCAUUUAUCUGCGUUUCCACUACACGUGUACCUCCCUUGUCAACACCGGCACCUGAUAGAGUAUACCCCUGUGACUGGCUUAUCGCGAAUUAACACUACGGACAGUUAGGUUUAUCAGAGACAGAUAACUCUGAAUCAAGUCAAGGUAAUCUCGCAACUGACAAACUGAACAAUGAAAUAAUUUUUGACUUGUUGAUAUAGGAGAGGGAAGUAUUUGAUCCGAGUAAUGAAACCAAGUAACAUAAAUAUUCUGAUAUAUCAUGGUCUCGCGCGCAUUCUAUUGUAUACUAUUAUUUCUACUAUUUUACCAUAAACAGUCGAAUGAUAUUACUGUAUUUAAAGAAAUAAAAUGGUAGAGAAGUGCAGCCAAAUGUGAUAUAUAUACCUUCUGAAGUAGUAUGGCCUUGCGUUCCAUAGUUAUCUGACACUGGGUGUGUUAUCUCAUUUGGACUAAAGGUUAAUUUUAUAACGCCCAGGAAAAUAGGAGGUAAUCAGCUCUUCUAAAUGAAUGACUAACCCUAUCAAACCUUGACCUAUAGCGGAUCAGUCCACUAGAAGCUUGAAACCGUCCUGUAAUCCAUACGCUGAACAAACGUCAACCGUAUAGAAGGUGAAAGCAUGGUUACUAUCCUACUCAACCAAUGAGAGGGAUAGUUUUUUUAUCUGUCCGUGAUGCAAACAAAACUGAUACUUAUAAUUUGACAGGUGUUUAUUCAAAUAUUGUACAUAUAUUGUACAUCUCAUUGAAGUGACGUCAUCACGUUAUAUUGUACAUCUCAUUGGAGUGACGUCAUCACGUCAUAUUGUACAUCUCAUUGAAGUGACGUCAUCACUUUAUAUUGUACAUCUCAUUGAAGUGACGUCAUCACUUUAUAUUGUGCAUCUCAUUGAAGUGACGUCAUCACGUUAAAAUGUACAUCUCAUUGAAGUGACGUCAUCACGUUAUAUUGUACAUCUCAUUGAAGUGACGUCAUCACUUUAUAUUGUGCAUCUCAUUGAAGUGACGUCAUCACGUUAAAAUGUACAUCUCAUUGAAGUGACGUCAUCACGUUAUAUUGUACAUCUCAUUGAAGUGACGUCAUCACGUUAUAUUUUACAUCUCAUUGAAGUGACGUCAUCAUGUUAUAUUGAACAUCUCAUUUUGCACACCUCCUUGACUUCAUCCACUACAGUUUGGGAACAUGUUUUGUGCACAUGUUGGUAUAUACUGUUUCAUAUAAAAUAUGUCAUUGUCA